GGCAGCGGCGUACUGAACGGCGGCGGGGAAGCCAGGCAACAAGCCGCGCCUACUUUCUCCGUUGCAGAGCUCCUCCUCCUGUUCUUUCUGGAGGGAGGGGUAGUGGUAGUUGGCUCCGCCCGGGUAGGUAAGCUCUGCCCAACCCGACGUGCUCCGAGCUGUGGUGUGGUGAGGCGAGGCGAAUGAAUAAGGGACUGCGGAGCGGUCACAGCUCCCGAAGCGGAAGGAGUGCUGAGCGCUGAGGUAUAUACUAAAAAUAUCUUGAGUGUAAUGUGUGGAGUGGCCCUGAGAAGCUGUUAACAGAGACAGGCAAUCUUCUUUAAGCAUUACAACUUACCAGGUCCCAGUAAAGGACUGUGAUGAGGACUGCUUUGAAAUUGCCUGAACCCUGUAGAAAACUCAUCUGCAUGUAGUUGAACUGAAACACUCUACUUCCUUCUGGCUCACUCAAGUGCUGUUGUAGUGUGUUUCCUUGUUGCAGUUCGCAGACUAAACCAUGCCAGCUUUAUCAACUGGAUCUGGAGGUGACUCAGGUUUGUAUGAGCUGCUGGCUUUAUUGCCAGCCCAGCUGCAGCCACAUGUGGACAGCCAGGAAGACAUGACCUUCCUCUGGGAUAUGUUUGGUGAAAAAAGCCUUCAUUCACUGGUAAAGAUUCAUGAAAAACUGCAUUACUAUGAAAAACAGACCCCUAUGCCUAUGUUGCAUGGUGCAUCAGCCUUGGCAGAUGAUCUGGCUGAGGAACUGCAGAGCAAACCACUAAACAGUGAGAUCAGAGAACUGUUGAAACUACUGUCAAAACCCAAUCUCAAGGCUUUGCUUUCUGUGCAUGAUAUUGUUGCUCAAAAAAACUAUGAUCCAGUAUUGCCUCCUAUGCCUGAUGAUAUUGAUGAUGAAGAAGACUCUGUAAAAAUAAUCAGGCUUGUGAAAAAUAGAGAACCGCUGGGUGCCACUAUUAAAAGGGAUGAACAUACUGGAACUGUUGUUGUGGCUCGAAUAAUGCAUGGAGGUGCUGCUGAUAGAAGUGGUCUCAUUCAUGUUGGUGAUGAACUUAAGGAAGUCAAUGGAAUUCCUGUAGAUGAUAAAAAACCAGAAGAAAUUAUACAGAUUCUGUCUCAGUCGCAAGGAGCUAUUACAUUUAAAAUUGUACCCAGUAUCAAAGAAGAAACCCCAUCUAAAGAAGGCAAGAUCUUCAUGAAAGCUCUGUUUGACUAUGAUCCCAGUGAGGAUAAAGCAAUUCCCUGUAAAGAAGCUGGACUUCCUUUCAGUAAAGGUGAUAUUCUUCAGAUCAUGAGCCAGGAUGAUGCAACUUGGUGGCAAGCCAAGCUUGAAGGUGAUGCCAAUCCCAGAGCAGGCUUAAUUCCUUCAAAGCAUUUUCAGGAAAGGAGGCUUGCAUUGAGAAGAUCAAAUGUACAGGUUCAGCCCUUGAAAAUUUCAAAUAGAAAAUCAUCUGGUUUUAGGAGGAGUUUUCGUCUUAGCAGAAAAGAUAGAAAAACAAAUAAGACUAUGUAUGAAUGCAAGAAGAGUGAUCAGUAUGAUACAGCAGAUGUCCCAACCUAUGAAGAAGUAGCCAAGUAUAGACGGCAGCCCAGUGAGAAAUACAGACUUGUGGUCUUGGUUGGUCCUGUGGGUGUAGGACUGAAUGAAUUGAAACGGAAAUUAUUAAUCAGUGAUACUCAGCAUUAUGGUGUAACUGUGCCACACACAACAAGACCAAGAAGAAGCCAAGAAAGUGAUGGCAUUGAGUACAUUUUUAUUUCCAAGCGCUUGUUUGAGACAGAUGUACAAAAUAACAAGUUUAUAGAAUAUGGAGAAUAUAAAAACAAUUACUAUGGAACCAGCAUUGAUUCAGUGAGAUCUGUUCUGGCUAAAAAUAAAGUUUGUUUAUUGGAUGUACAGCCUCAUACGGUGAAACAUUUAAGGACACUAGAAUUUAAACCAUUUGUCAUAUUUAUAAAACCUCCUUCAAUUGAGUGUUUGCGAGAAACUAGAAAAAAUGCCAAGAUAAUUUCAAGCAAAGAUGAAAAAGGUGCUGCCAAAUCUUUUCAAGAAGAAGACUUUCAAGAAAUGAUUAAAUCAGGACAAAUUAUGGAAAGCCAAUACAGCCAUCUUUUUGACAAAGUUAUAGUAAAUGAUGAUCUUACUACAGCAUACAAUGAGUUGAAAACAACCUUUGACAAACUGGAGAGAGAAACCUUUUGGGUUCCAGUCAGUUGGGUACAUUCAUAACACUAAACAAAUAUAAGGUUUCAUAAUAUUUUAAUAAGGUACUUAGUUGGAUCUAAAUGGACAUUUUGUUGGUGGGAAGCUUUUCUAACUUCGGCAAAACGAUGCAUUUAUAAACUUGGUGCAGUGGAAUGCUGAUCUUAUUUUUCUAUGUAUAAACUGUAUGUUUGGAAUGGGGUUUCGAAGGCAGAAUAUCACAGUGAAGCCUUAUUUUUACCAGAUUCAGUUUAUUGAUUUUUAAAAUGAAUCUUCAGCUAUUGUGAUACCACAUUUCAUAAAUAGUUUGUAUCUCCUGUGAGAUUUCUUUUAAGCCAAGAGUUAAUAUUAAAAGGUUUUAAGAUCUGAAAUGAGUAUUUAAGUGACUUCAAAUUUUGCUAUUUCCAGGCCUAGAUGAUGGUUAAGACUUGAAAAUAUUAAAGCUGGAGGGAGGCAAAAGUGGCUAACAUUUCUUUGACUAAAAUAUAAAUGUUUGGGUUUAAUUUUGUUCAGUCUAUGUGUAUGGAAUGUGAACUUCCAUAGCCAGACUUGACUUUUACCACAAGAGCAAAUUUACUUUACUUUAAUGGAAAAACUUUUUUGGAUAUUUUCAAUAAGCAAUAAUAUUGUUCUGCAUCUUGAGUAUUAUAGACUACUCUUGGGUGGUACUUAAACCAAUGGAAAGAUUUUAAUUUAAACAUCAAGGCUUGGGUUGAAUCAUUCUUGAUUAGAAUAAUUCUAACACAACUCAUUAAGAUAAUAGGGAGAAGGGUAGUCUUUGGGAAAGACACAGUUGUGUAAAUGGAUUUUAUUUAUAUAAGUGCUUCAUUGUUUUAAAUAUAUAACUUUCUAAAACAGCCUUUCAGAAAGCCCAGAAGCUAUUUCUUAUUUGAAAAUGUAUAAUUCAACUUGUGGAUCAUUCUCAUUUUACACUGGCCUCAUAUGCAGUGGCCUCAAGUUGUGUUUUCUGGAAUGAAGAAAGUAUUUUUUGCUUUUUCUUGAUUUCCUCUUGACACAAAAUAUGUUAGUAGAUAAAAAGAGAGAUGCUUGUUGUGUGUAAGUGAGUUUGUCUUUCCAAUUUAUAUGUGACAGUGAUGUAUCAGAGGCUUAGUAUGCAAACAGGAAGCCCAGUUAUUUUGUGUUAAUGUAUAAAAGGGCUAGCUGUCUUAUUUAAAGGCAAAAGAAUUUAGUGAGACUAUAUAUAUUUAUGAAAAGAGGUGAGAAGGGAUGUAUUGAUUUUUUUGAAUUUCUUGUCAAUGUGAUCAUUUAUUAAACAGAUCCUAGGUGUCUGUGAUUUCAAAUGUUGGCUUUAUAAACUCAACAUUCCAUGUAAUGUUUCUGCUUAGAUACAGAUAAACCACUAGUUCUUUGCAAAUGUAGUCUAAACAGAUGGUUGGUUUUUUGGUUCAUUGCAUUUAUGUUUUAAAAUUGUGUAACACAAGCAAAGUGCCAACAACCAAAAUACAGUUUUUUAAAAAACAUUUGUGCUAGUUUGAUGCAUUCUGUAGCCUGGCACUGAACAUCCACAGUGUAAACUUGAGUGUCUCAGGUAUUACUGUUAUGGUGAAUUAAGUAUGGUUGCACUUCAGCAACAAUUAAUUGCAUGAAAAUAUUGAACUGGAUUUUUCCCAACUAUAAUGUUUCAGUGUUAUUCAAACUACUUUGAAUCAAUCAAGAAUCUUUUAUUUGUUAGGCAUUAUGUACCUUUGACUUUCAGUACAUACAGUGAAAGACAGAGCCCAGAGUGCUGGGUAUCUGUCAAAGUCUGCAUUUUGUAUAUGAGAGGAUCCAAUCAUUUUUUUUUUUUUAGAAAUACAUUUGACUUGCUUGUAAGCUAUAGUGUCUGACAAUAUUUUUCUUGAAAACAAGGAAACAGUUGGCUUAUAUGUUUCAAAUAUCAGGACAGCUCAGGACAGCUAUGAAAGGAAACUCUGAUACCAGUGCUGUCCCUUUCCUAGUGACUGUCACCAAAAAUACAGAGUUUCGGCACUGUGUUCUUACUGGCAAUAAUGGAGACUGUUAAUCUAUGUAAGAAUUGCUUAUUCUUUGUGUUGAGAGAAAGCUUACUCUCCUGAUAGCUUCAGUACAGUGACCAAGUCUGUGACUUUUGAUACUUUUGUUUUAAUAAGAGCAUGAUCCAAAAGCUCUGGUGUGUAUGGAGCUUUGCAUAAGUAUGAGCUGUCUGUUCUCUUCAGUGCUGUGGAAUGUUCUGUGCAUGCACACUGGAACUGUGUGAACUUUGGAUCAUAUACAAAGCAUGGGUAUAUUUCAGAAAACCCUAAGUCAAUUUUUAGCUAAAAGAGAUGCUGAAAUAUUUCAACCUUUUUAUAUAGCACUGCAUGGGUCUGAGUACUGUUUUUAUAUUUUUAGUAUAAGUAUCUUUAUUGUAUUUUUGCUGUUUUGUCAUUGUAAAACAAAAGGUAAAGGUUUUAUACAAUUGGUUUCAGAGCAAUACGAAGUUGUCAUCAAUUCACUUAUGGAUGAUGUGCCUGAAACACAACUUUAUCAAUCUUAAAUCAAUAAAUUAUUGACAUAAUAUAUUUCAGGAAGAUUUAUUUUUGUGAAAUAUGUAUUCUUUACAUGGAACUUAAAUCCUUAAAUAUUAAUGAAAUGUGUUGCACCUGUAAAAUCUGCCCAUUGUCACAUUCAAAUAAGUAGCAUGAGUGAAUGAACAAACAGCUUAUCUUAAGUCAUGAUUUUGCUGUAGAAAGAAUGCCAAUCAGUGCAGGAGAGCCAUGUCAGAUACACCAGUAUUAGGUCCAUGACCUGUACCGUAGUAUUUAUUUUUAUGAUCAGGACACACAAUCUUUAAUUUGCCCAGUGAUUUAACAUCUUUUGUAAUCACCCAGAUUUGGACACAGAGCAAAGUUUCCUGGAUUCUUGCACUGAGCAGGGGGUUGGACUUGAUAGUCUUAUAGGCCCCUUCCAACUCUACUAUUCUAUUAUUCUAAGUUUAAGAACCCAGCAGGAAUACAGAGGUACUGUGUGAACAAAUUGUACAAGGUUCUGUUCUUAUUUUAUAAAUAAAGUUAUGCUAAUGACAAAAUAAAACCAGCAUAUACAACUCACAAGUUCAGUGAGGUCAACUUGAGUAUUCCCUAGAAAGAUACAUUAUGUUCCUAACAGCAACUAGCAUAUUGCUUCUCCAUAGUAAUGACAACUGUUACCACACACCCUAUGAUGGCAUAUUCACCAUCAGCUCUAAACAUCUGCAGCUUAGAAGCCUUCAUUUGACUUAGAGUUGGCUUCCCUUCUGGAAAGCCUAUAGAAGGUUAAAGAUGACCCCUAUUAUGAGUCCCAACGUCCAAUUUUCCACCUCUUUUUGAAAGCCCAUAGCACCAAAUUCAUUGACUACCCAUGAUGAAUGGAACAGUAAGAAAUCCAGGGCAUUGCGGGGGGGGGAGGCAUUUUCAUUAUUUCAUCCCAAGCAGUGAUUCAUAUGUUUCUCCUCUGUGCAUUAUGCAUAUUUCUUACAUGGACCUUAUAUGUAUUUCUGACUGCUGAUUGGAAUCAGCAGGGGUUAACAUGAUUGCAGCCUGUCAUUGAUUAGGUAAUCUAUUCUAAUAAGCCAAGGUGAAUGAGUAGCAAUAAAGAAGCUGCCUAAGGUUCCAUAUGUCAUCUUUUGGUUCCUAAACCUAAUGUGUUUGCUUCUGUACUGCUUGAACAUACAUUGCCCUUUCUGCUGCUGUCUUACUACCCCCACUCCAAACUUAUGAAUUGUGGACAACAUUGCUGCUUGUUGCACAUAAUGUCUCCAAUAAGAAUAAAUGGUCAUGCUAUGGAGUAAAAUGCCAUUGAUGCAAAGUCUUUUUCCUUGUUUCUUGCUACUGUGCUUCAAAUAACUUGGAUUCCAAACUGUAGUAGGCUGAAUAAUUGACUAAAGACAUUUAUUAAUCAACUAAAGAUACCAAAAUUAAGGGCAAAUUUUAAUAGUUAAGGCUCCAAUGCAUGUGUGGCUUUAAGCUAUUUUGGUUCUAAUGUGUCACAGCAAAUGGGGAAAAGAUACAGUAGGAGAAUUAAUCUUAAAAAUACAAAGCAAUGGGAGAGAGCCUUUAAAAUAAUGAAAAUUCUUUAAUCGGCUGGUAGCCUUUUAAUUGAAAAUCUUUGAAUAAGUGUCCCUUUACAGUAAGGUCCCUAGGGAUUCCAGAGGCAUGUGUGACAGUGGUGUGAUUUCCAUUCCCCUAGAAGAGGAAUUAGCUAGGACACGACAUGUAUUUGGAAGAACACUCCUGGCCACAACAACUGUAUAACCUGCCCUUCAAGGAACAGAGUCAAGUCUCAUAGGCCUGCCUACCUGUUCCUUCUGGGAAUGCAAUUCCAUCUAAACAGGUAUAUCCAUCUCUGCAAAACAGAUUAGAUCACUAGUUUGUCUUAUCUGGAUUAAACUUGUAUUUUGUGUUUCCCAAAAUUAAAUCAAUCUUUGAAGUAGUGCCUGAGGAUCUCAUGAGCAAAUGAGAUCAGUGAGUUCUGAAGAUUCCCUGAGCUGUAAUUGCUUUAAUAAUUGAGAAACAGUUCACUUUGCACUCUGAAUAUCGGAUGCUGGGGGCAAGCAGGGAAGGCCACACCACCUUUAUGCCCUCUGCAAGCAUAAACUUAGAAGUAUUUAACUGAUUGCAGCAGAAACUACAAUAUGGUAUACUACAUGGACCAAAAGCAAUUGUGUUAUCCUUAUGCUUCAUAAAUAUUAUUUCAGUCAUCUUUGCAACAAUAUGUGAGGAGGAUUCUGGCCGCCAUUCCUUCUAGGCAGGGGAGUCACAUAGACAAUAGCGAAUAGAACUGCUAUAGCAGACUGAACAUGUGCCAAGGAUACUGAUAUCACAGGAAUGCAUAGGGGAGGGUGGCUAGUAUGGGGGUAGAGCAUCUCAGUAGCAUAGAAUAAUUGGAUGAGACCAUUGCUAUGGCUGUGGCGAAUGUAGGGGUAUAUAUAUGUCUGUACCCAGUCGCCAUUUUAGUCGAGCUAUGUACUUUGCUCCAGUGCAGCGCUUCACUGAAUAAACAACCUUAAAACAGGCUUUGGCUUCUUCAUUGAGUCUCCCACAAAACAGAACCCAUCGUAAAUUCCACAACACAUGUAAGGUUUGCCUGUAACAUCUCGAUAUUAGACAGUGGGACUGAGGCAGAGAAACAGUGGCUUCCAUAAGCUACCCAUUGAAUUAAUGGCUGAGGCCUGGUCUCUACAUCAAGCACAAUGAAAUAGUGGUAAGAAAAAUUGUACCCUAUUACGAUGCAGGUGGAGGAUUGCCAUUUUGAAUGUUUCCUUUCAUUUAAGCAUUCCUUGCUAAGGACUUUCCUCCCUCCCUUUCCCCUAGGUUUUUUCCCCAGGGAGAUUUUUGUUUUGUUUUGUGAGUUUUGGUUGUUUUUACUGCGGCAGCAUUUAAACAUGCUGUUUGAAUCCAGCAUUAACAGCCAAAUCCAUGCUUAAGCAAUUAACCAUAACACAAAAGUUACACUGAAUGUUUCAGUGGUCAGUAAAUAAGUUAUUACCCCACCUCCAGAAACGUUUUUUUCAGUUUUCUUCAGCUCAUCUUUGGCAUGUUUGGAAAAGGGAACCUUGUUAUAAUUGACUAGAACUGGAUACUUUAAUGAGAAAUUUUGCUCAUAUUUCCUUGUUAUGCUAUUGAGUUCAGUCAGCAUACUGGCUUCUGAGGAUGGUUUUACUGGGCUGUUCCAUAUGAUUUUAAAUGUGUUGUACAAAAAGAAAAUACUGUGUCACAAUGGCUCUGACUUAAAUGUUACUUCUACUAAAUAACUUUAUUUAAUGUCUGUUCAAAUGCAUGCAUGUGUGCACCCACAGAUUUUUUGUCUAAUUGCUGUUAAGAAUGCAGGUAUUUUUAUUUCCUUGUAAAAGCACACCUACAAUAGUUUCUUUCUUGCCUAAUUGAAUGAGUUUAGCAUUUUCCGGCGCAUCACAGCAGUGAAGUGAUAGGCUGACAAAGAUAUGUAUUCUAUUCCAGUCAAACAUUUACACAUCUCAGAAAACUUGUAACUGUGUCUUUCAAAACACAGUGCCUUUCCUUACGUUGCUGGAAUUUGGGAGUCUGGCAACCCAGGUUGCAAAACAUCUCCUUUCCAAACUCAGGUCAAGAUAAUUUUUUUCCCAGAGAUUAAUGUAAAUGGCUGCCCAUUUGCUACCACGCCAAGUUCAAGGUUCUAGUUUUGGUGUACAAAGCCCUGCACAACUUGGGACCAGGAUACCUGAAAGACCGUCUGACUCCUUAUAUACCCAGUCGAUCACUGCGCCCUGCAGGUGAGGACAUCUUAUCAGAUGCAGAUACCAUCGUAUCAGGAGGUCCAUUCUGCACAACAUAGGAAACGAACCUUUAGUGUGGUGGCACCUACCCUGUGGAAUUCCCUACCCUUAAACAUUAGACAGACAACAUCUGUGUUAUCUUUUCGGCGCCUAUUAAGACUUUCCUCUUUCAACAAGCCUUUUAAGUUGAGACCUAUCCCAGUCUGCUUCUGUGUUAGAAUUGCUUUUUAAUAUGUUCU